AUGUCGUCCAGCCCCAAGGCGGAGAGGAAAGCGUGGGGUUUGGGGCGCCUCUCGGCCGGGGCCAGGAGAGGCAGCAUGAAGCCGUCCAGCCUGGAGCUGGACGAGAGCUCGCCCGGCGCGCGUUACGCGCCCUUCUCCCUCUCGGCGGCGGCGGCGGCGGCGGCGGGACCCCCGGGGGUCGCCAGCGCGCCGCAGCUGCAGCCGCAGGGGCCCGCGGUGGCGGUGAGCGGCGACUUCCCGCGCCCCCCGGUCAGCCUGGACCCGCGCGUCUCCAUCUACAGCGUCCGCCGGCCCCUGCUGAGCCGCAGCCACGUCCAAGGGCGGGUGUACAACUUCUUGGAGCGGCCCACCGGCUGGAAGUGCUUCGUCUACCACUUCACCGUUUUCCUCAUAGUGCUGAUCUGCCUUAUAUUCAGUGUGCUUUCCACGAUUGAUCAAUAUUCAACACUGGCCACGGGGACAUUAUUUUGGAUGGAAAUCGUAUUAGUGGCGUUUUUUGGAACAGAGUAUGUGGUUCGAUUGUGGUCUGCAGGAUGCCGCAGUAAAUACGUCGGCUUUUGGGGAAGACUUCGUUUUGCUAGGAAGCCUAUUUCUAUAAUUGAUUUAAUUGUAGUUGUUGCGUCAAUGAUAGUGCUCUGCGUGGGCUCUAAACAAGUUUUCGCAACCUCUGCUAUCAGAGGCAUCCGGUUUCUGCAGAUCCUGCGAAUGCUACACGUGGACCGACAAGGUGGCACGUGGAGACUGUUGGGCUCGGUAGUUUUCAUUCAUAGACAGGAAUUGAUUACCACUCUUUACAUCGGCUUUCUAGGCCUGAUUUUUUCUUCUUAUUUUGUGUACCUGGCUGAAAAAGAUGCUGUGAACGGUGAUGAUGAAAAUAAGUUCGUCAGCUAUGCAGAUGCACUUUGGUGGGGAGUAGUGACUGUUACAACCAUUGGAUAUGGAGACAUUGUGCCCAAGACGUGGAUAGGAAAAACCAUUGCAUCUUGCUUUUCUGUAUUUGCAAUUUCAUUUUUUGCCCUGCCUGCGGGAAUUCUUGGUUCCGGAUUUGCUCUGAAGGUGCAACAGAAACAGAGACAGAAGCACUUCAACCGACAAAUCCCAGCAGCUGCUUCUCUCAUUCAGACUGCCUGGAGGUGCUAUGCAUCAGAAAACCCCGACUCUUCUACAUGGAAAAUAUACAUAAGAAAACCCUCCAGAAAUUAUCACUUGGUGUCUCCUAGUCCCAAACCGAGGAAAAUAGGGAUGGUAUCGGUGAAAAAGAAGAAGUUUAAGUCAGAAAAAGAUAAUGGACUUAGUUCUCCUGACAGAAUGCUACCUGUCCCACAAAUCACAUAUGACCAUGUGACAGAUGACAGGAACUCUGAAAAUUUUCACCUGGAUACAUACGAAAAUUCUGUCCGGCAGCAUUCCUGGACAUCUUUUUCUGCAGAGCAGCCAUCUUCCAGUUCUCCUCCGUCUCCAGUGAAAAAACACUCUCCAUUUUUAGAUGCAAACACUGGACCAUUCAUUAGGACCAAUAGUUUUGCUGAUGAACUUGACCUGGAGGGUGAGACGUUACUGACCCCGAUAACUCACAUCUCACACUUGCGAGAACAUCACCGUUCUGCCAUUAAGGUGAUACGUCGGAUGCAGUAUUUUGUGGCAAAGAAGAAAUUUCAGCAAGCCAGAAAACCUUACGAUGUACGUGAUGUUAUAGAACAAUAUUCUCAGGGUCAUCUCAACUUAAUGGUGCGAAUAAAAGAGCUUCAAAGAAGGAUGGACCAAUCUAUAGGAAAACCAUCACUGUUUAUUUCUGUCUCAGAAAAAAACAAAGACCGAGGGACUAAUACAGUUGGUGCCCGGCUGAACAGAGUGGAAGACAAGGUUAUCCAAAUGGACCAGAAGCUGAACCUCAUCACCGACCUGCUGCACCACCUGGUGUCUAGCCAGGGAGGAAACCCAAGCAGCAACAAAUCAUCUCAAAGGAAUGAUGUAAAUUCUGACCUCUUUCUCUCCAGCAACACUCUUCCUACCUAUGAGCAACUGACAGUUCCAAGGAGUAUCCAAGACGACGUAUCUUGAUGCAACGUAGCCUUCUUCUUUUUAAAUGACACUGA